AUGUCGACACAUCAAUGUGAAGAUGAUGAGGAAAUGUGGAUGGCUGCAGAGCGUGAGGCCAAGAAGAAUAACAACAAGAAUAACUACUACAAUGAAGAAGAGGAGGAUGAAGAGUUGUUGAGAAAUGUGCCAUUCGCCAACGACGCGGUCUCAUUUCUUCCACCUACAACAACAACAACAACAACAACAACAACAACAACAACAACAACACUAUCUUCACAUAUACCCACUAAAACCACCACCACCACAUCAUCAUCAAUAACAACAACAACAACAGGAGUGGAAGUAUCCAAAGGCAUCUGCGAUCUCCCUCCGCUCUCACAGAUGUGUUUUAUGAUGCGCGGCGACAAUGGCGUGGUGCGUUGGCUCACAGCAUCGGGAUUAGAAAGACGUCAAGUCUCGCGGAAACGUGGAAGAGAAGAGACUGGGAUGAACACAGGGGAGUAUCCGCAACCAGAAGAGCAGAAACAUUCAGAAGAAAUAGAAGAAGAAAAUGAGAAUAAUGAUGAAGGAGAGGAAGAGUUGUUGAGUGUGGUGCAGGAACUGCGCCGACGGCGGACUGGUACUGGACUUGGCUAUGUGAAUGUUCCCACUUUGCUACAGCAGAUUUACGAAGAAGCCGCAGAGAACAAUAGAAAGAGUCAGAUCUUAACUCAUGAUAAACAAAAAACAUCUCAACAAGAAGAAAAGAACAGCCGAGGGGACGAUACACUAUGGGUUAUUAAGUACAGUCCCAAACGGUUUCGAGAUCUUCUUAGCGAUGAUUCCACGAAUCUAAAAUUGCUGCAAUGGAUGAAAAGCUGGGAUGCCUAUAUCUUUAACGACAAUAACACUACUAGUAGUACUAGUAAUGAUGUUGAUACUAUUUCUACGGGAUUCACCUCUUCUCCCAAGCGACCUGAAGAACGAUUGGCAGUUUUAGUGGGCCCACCUGGUGUGGGAAAGACGACACUAGCACAUGUACUCGCCGUACAUUGUGGGUAUGAACCCAUUGAAAUAAAUGCCAGUGUGGACCGCACAACAUCGGCGUUGGAGAAUGCUAUUCAACUCGCUGUAGCACCUGCACGAUCAAGGCGUCGUGUACAUCCUCUUUCUUCUUCUUCUUCAGCUAAGGCGACACUCACAUCCUCCUCCUCCUCAUCACUAUCCUUAUCAGGUGCAUCGACAACUACAACCACAAGAGGAGGAGGAGGAGGAGAAGGUAUUUCGCUUGUAGAGAUGCUACAGAGACCCAAGUGUCUUAUCAUUGAUGAGAUGGAUGGUAUUGCUGCUAAUGUGGCUGCUUUUCUUCUAAAGCAAGAUAUUCAUUGUCCUGUAUUUUGUCUCUGCAAUGAUUACUACACACCUUCACUGCGGCCUCUACGACGACAGUGUCAACACGUAUACCACUUCCAGCCUAUUCGUCCACAGCGGCUGCUAUCCAGGCUUGGUGAGAUUGUACAACGUGAGGGAUUAAAUGUGAGUGCAACCGCACUGGCAGAAUUAGUGCAGUCCAGUAACGGAGAUGUACGAUGUUGUCUCAACACACUACAGUUUCUCUAUCGCCACACAUCACAGGGAAUGACAACAGCAACGACAACGAUGAUUAUGCAUGAAAUGCAAGGGAAAGAUACUGAAUUAGGAUUAUGGGAGACAUGGCGAACUGUGUUUGUGCGGCAGGAGCGUAGUAAAUACAUUCAGAUGCUUCGUAAAGAUUAUGGUGUGGAUUACGAGGCGGCUGUGAUGGCAGGCAUUCAAAACACCUCCACUUCAAAGAAAGAUAUCAUCAUGGAGAAUAAUAAUAAUAAUCAGAGUUCACCACAAGGACAAGAACAAGGUAAUGAACAUGUAACACAAGGGUUUCGUGUGGAUCCAGGAUAUAUUUAUGUUUCCCAUGCAGUUCAGCAGUGUGUGGAGUCACGUACACUUCUGGAUGGUCUGCAGGAAUAUUACUUACAACGACCCUACGCCGACUACUCACUGCAGCGUACAAGUACCAUGGCAGAUGCUUUUUCAUUUCACGACUAUCUCUCCACAAAUGCUUAUCACAAUGCCACUGCCAGUGCUACGCUAAUACCAUUUGUAGAGCAGUAUGCCUAUACAACCGCAGCGGCGUGUUUCUCAUGUUGUUGCAGUACUUCUGGCCGUACAGCCGCACCCCUCGGCUUCCCGCGGGAGUACAACACAUCAUCACGUAAAGAGACAGAAUCGGUAUCAAUUGCACGAGCACUACGAGAUGGAUGUCGUGGUCCACUCGCCGUACACUUAUCUUCUAUUGCCGCUAUCGCCCAGGAAGUGGCCCCAUUAUUAUUGAGGUCUUUGUGUAAUGCUUCGCUACGUACACCUGCCCAUUCUGUUGCCUCACUCACCGCAUUAAACCGUGAGGAUCAGUUGUUACUGCAGGCUUCUAUCGCACGCCACGCGGAGUAUGGGCUCACAUACGCACGUUCAUCAUUCCGCUUAACAGAAGCAGGAGCGGCAACAUCAUCAUCAUCAUCAUCAUCUGCUUUAACUUUAUUAUCAUUCCCUGGAGGAGGAGGAGGAGCGGCAACCGCAGAGGAAGAUGAUGCUGUAGGUAACAAUGGAGUUGUAGAGGAGCAUUGGGAGUUAACACCACCUAUUCAUCGUAUUGGGUGUGUUACCCUGCAGACAAUGCAUACAAAGCCUACAAGACGUGUUGGAUUUACUUUGGGGGGUCAGUCUAAUAAUGCUUCUUCUGCUGUUUCAUCAUCUUUUGCUUCUACAAAUGCGUCAACAUCUGUGAUGGUUCUGCGAAUGAAGGAGGAGAUAAAACAACUUAUGGUGGGAGAAAUCCAGCGGUAUAUCAUACAGAAUAAGGCAGCACACUCCACAACGACGGCAACGAGGAGGAACAAUGGAAAUAACAAUAAUAAUAACAAUAACAAUGGGGGUAUUUUAGCAGCAUUGGGUGGAAAGGCAGUAGACGAAAGUGGAUUGCCAGCAGCAGGACGUAAACGUGAGCGGGAAGAAGAAGAAGAAGAGGAAGUACUUGAAAAUAAAGACAAGAAGGUGAAAGAGAGCGUAGUGAGCUUAGAGAAUAAGGGUACAACUAAUAUGAGUUCCCCUAUAUCUCCUCUUGAACCAACUACAGCGUCUAAUAACACUAUUAUUCCACCCACGUUGACUUCAUCAUCAUUAUCACCUACUACUACUGUUGCUGCGAAAUUAAAACCGAGUGGAAAACGGGAUUUCUUUGGACGUCUUAUUCCUGAGAGUUCAACUAAAACAACAUUAACGAGUGGUCGACGGCCUGCGGUGGGAACAGCAGCAGGAGGAACAGCGGGAGGGAUUGCGACAGGGAGGACUGCAGCUAAAUUGACAGUACAAUACACAUACCAUGAUGGAUGCACAAAUGCUGUGAAAAUUCCUGCUUCCUUUGAGGAUUUCUAA